GACGUCUUCUCAUAAGCGGGCUCCCACUGCGCCUCUCACCUCUCCCACCGCUCCGGCUCAGCUGCACCUUGCUCAUUUCUCAGCAGCUGCGAUAUCUGGCCAUAUCACUCUCUCCCACCGCCUGUCUUGGGCUAAUUUCCCACUGCAGGGUGCCAUCCGACUCGUCGACUUUGUUGGGCUACGGUACCAAGGGCCUAGAAUUUGGGUCCAGUGUGGCUGGCCUGAGCGUUAUCUGAUCCAUCUGAUAAACCCCCUUCCCCCUAUCGAGUUUUUCGCUUUUCUCGUCGCCCCUCCUCCAUUUUGCCUUUUGUCGGUCCCUCUGCCAUGCCCGCUGGCCAUUGACUUGCCGAACCCCUACGACGACCCUCCUCCCUCAUUAAUACAUCUAUUCUCCGCUCUCCCACGGCCGUCCGACUCUCCUGCCGACCUGCCCCGUUGCCUGCUCGCCAACACUUUCUCAUCACCACCCCGACAUCGCUCCCCCACCACCUCAUGGCGACAACAGCGACAAUGCAAUCCCGACUAGACACCAUCCUGGCCGAGUCGACCUCGGGCUGCAUCCCAGAGGAGCCCCGUGCUCCCUCAAUUGCCCCGUCACUCACCUUUUCCGACUCGACCGAGAAUGAGCAGGAGCUGGAUGAUGGCACGCCGCCCUCGGAGCUGCCCCGGCGGCGGCGCGCCUCGACCCGUCUGAUCGCCCAGAGCGCCGCCGACAUCCAGCGCAUCACGGGCGAGUCCACGGCCGAGGUCGUCAAGAGGUGUUGCGGCGGUGGCUGCUGCUUCAAGUCGGCCGCCAGGAAGGAUGGCGUCGAGCUGGAGAAGCCUGAGCUGCCCGGCAACAACGCUUUCCAGUCCCUGCUCCUCAAGAUUGACGCCAUCCCGAGCACCUUGACCAAUGUCGCCGAUCUCCCCCCGCAGACCGCCUUCUUCGAAUCCAUUAGGCCAGCAGCGGCAUCCAGAAACCCGCCCUCGUCAGCAGACUCUGCCGUUUCACUCUCACCCGUAGACUCGUCCAUCCCGCUGGCGUCAACAGACUCUGUUCCAACCCUUGACUGCGCGGUUGAGAAGCUGCGCGACCUUUCCCUCAACUCGGAGGACACGUCGAUCCAGCCCCCCAAAUUCGUGCAGCCGCACCCGCCGCACAACGUCUUCGCCGCGCGCAUGCACAACACGCGCGAGCUGACCAGGCCCGGUGCCGAGAAGCGCACCUUUCACUUCGACCUCGAUAUCACCGACUACCCUGACAGCGAGGGCGUCGACUUCAAGGUCGGCGGCGCCAUCGGCGUGUCGGCGCCCAACGACUCGGCCGUGGUGGACGAGAUCCUCGACCUGCUCCUGGUCCCGCGCUUCCUCCGCGACCGCCCGGCACUCCUACGCACCACGGGCGGGCGCUGGCCCACCGUCUGGGGCGACGAGGCGGCGCGGUCGCUGCUCACGACGCGGCGGGCGCUGCUCACGUGGUGCUCAGACGUGCAAUCUUACCCCCCAACCAAGGCCCUCCUCCGCGUGCUGGCCGAGUACGCCACGGACGAGGUGGAGCGGCGUGUCCUGCUCUUCCUCUGCUCGGCCGAGGGCCAGGGCGUCUUUUGCGACUUCCGGACGGGCCCGCACGUGUCGCUCGUGCAGCUGCUGCACGCCUUCCCGUCGUCCAAGCCGCCGCUAGACCGGCUCCUGACGGUGCUGCAGCCGCUGAUGCCGCGCUUCUACUCGCUGUCCAACGACCCGCACGAGUCGUUCGAGACGCGCGACGGCAAGCAGCACCGCAUCGUCGAGAUCGCCGUGACGGUGCACUCGGACAACGACUGGCGCAGCGGCACGCGCAUGGGCAUCGGCUCGGGCUUCUUCCAGCGCCAGGCACUGCGGUUCCUGGGCACCCAGGAGCGCGGCGAGGCGCCCGAGGUAUUCAUCCCCAUGUUCAAGGGCCUCAUGGCGAACCCGCUGGCCAAGCAGUUCAUGACGGAUGGGCCCAUGCUUCUGAUCGGCGCCGGCGUCGGCAUCGCGCCGUUCCGCGGCUUCGUGCAGCGGCGGCUCAAGACGGCCAACUGCGCCAACAAGGUCUGGGUGCUCCAGGGCGUGCGCGACUCGCUCGUCGACGAGAUUUACAGCGGCGAGUGGGGCGUGCACGAGGACGAGGUCAAGCGCGUGGUCGAGUCGCGGCGCGGCGAGGGCCGCUACGUGCAGGAGGAGGUGCGGGCGCAGGCCGACCUGGUCUGGUACAUCAUCAACUCGGUCGAUGGCCGCGUCUUUGUCUGCGGCUCCAGUAGGGGCAUGGGUGAGGGCGUCGAGGAGGCCCUCGUCGAGGUGGCCAUGCAGAAGGGCAACCUCGGCCGCAAGGAGGCGCACAAGUUCUGGGACCUCAAGAGGGAGGUCGGCCAGUACAUUGCCGAGACGUGGUGAUUUUAUAUUCAUUAUCCUUGAUUUUCUUUUCUGUCACGAGGCGCAUGAAAACUGAGCAAAGCACAGUUGGCCGUUUGGGCAUGCAUUUUCGGGCUGGGUUUCCUGGUUAUUUGACGGACCAAGAGAAAAGAACCAUGGCUACCUGGGGAUACAAUGGCACUCUUUUUUUGUUUCUCUUUUUUUCUCUAUAAAUGGGCAUAGAUGCAGGAAAGCUUUCGACAUCUCACCACUUCUUAUCGGGGCGUUCGGUUUAUAUAGGUUACACACCUGAAAACAUGCAAAUAGGUACAUAGGCUGUCUCGUCUGCACAGCAAUGUGCGCAAGUCGGACGGCCGGGGCGGAGUUUUGAUAGCAUAUAUCA